AUGGACAUAUUCAGCACCAUACCUUUCUCCACCACUCACUUAUACCCAACCUUCCUCACCCUCAUCCCUCUAUCCCUUCUCUACACUCUAACCCUAUCACCUCUCCCUUCUUCUCCAGCUUUCAGUCUCGAUUACCUCCUCCACCUCUGCCGUAUCCUCUUUCCUCCUCUUAUGCAAAUAUACUCCCUCUGUCUCGGCUACACCCUCUGUUUCCUCGUCCUGCACUCCUCCAUCCCUAUCACCUCCUUCCUUGUGGCAGCUUGGUAUACCACUCUCUACAGUUUGUCCACCCUAAACACUCGCUUCGGCCACGGCACCAGCAAACCCAUCACUUGGAGCGAGCAAACAUCCGUAAUCACAGGAGGUGCAGGAGGGCUAGGGUGGCUUAUCGCUCAGAUCCUAGAGCGAAAAGGCGCAACAGUGGUGGUUUGGGACAUCAAGCCUCCACAGGGUUACGCAGAAGAUGCAGAGCAAGGUGUAAAGUGGUAUAAAGUGGAUGUUGGACAAGUUGAGCAAGUGGAAAGUGCUUAUGCAAAAGUCAAGGAAGAUGUACGUAGUCCCAUUUUUCUUGAUUUUUCUUUCCAUGUCACAAUUUCUACUGCAAUCCUUUUGAGACGAGGACCUUUCUGCUUCAUGAUCAUAUUCGAGAUUGCUGGUGUCUAUACUAAUGAAACACAGCUCGGCACACCCACCAUCCUGAUCAACAACGCAGGCAUAGUAAACGGACAACCACUGCUCUCCCUUUCCGCCUCAGCCAUCUCCCGCUGCUUCCAGAUCAACACCCUCUCCCAUUUUCACACCUGCCGCACUUUUCUGCCUGGAUUUCUUUCUGCACCCCAAGGCGGCACAAUCGUCACGGUGUCUUCUGUACUGGGCCACCUAGGCGCUUCCCACCUGACAGACUACACAGCCUCCAAAGCCGCCUUACUAGCCUUCCACACCUCUUUGCGUGCAGAAAUCGCUCAAAUGCAAGGACAACAACAAUAUCCCGGCGCCAGCAACACGAAAAUGAUCCUAGUAAAACCUGGCCAGUUGUCCACAAAUAUGUUUUCAAGUCUCAAGUCGCCGUCUGAGUUUUUCGGGCCGGUGGUGCAGGCAAAGGAUUUGGCUAUGGCGGUUGUGGAUAAGAUUGAGGAGGGCAGGGAUGGAGUGGUUUGUAUGCCUGUGUAUGCUGCAUUGGUCGAGUGGUUGGGUGUUUUGCCGGUGGGGUUGCAGAGGGCUGCAAGGUGGAUGAGUGGUGUGGAUGGGGCGAUGCAGACUUUUGGCUCCAAGAGAGAGUGA